AUGGCUUCAGCAGGACCCAUGGCCAAUUCCAUGUUUGUGGCGGCACCCCCCAACGGGUAUCCUGAGAUCCAAGGAGGCAUGUGUCAGGUGCCCCCGUAUCCCAGCAACCAGCCCCAAGUCCACCUCAUUCCUGUGAACCCCCCUGGUUUGAAGUCAUCUGUAACUGAGCAACCUGCCCAGAGAGCCUUGAAAGAGGGCAAAGUCUUAGGGGCCAUCCAGAUCCUGAUUGGCCUGAUCCACGUGGGCCUCGGCUCCAUCAUGGCCACCGUCCUCUCAGGGCACUACACAGCGAUCUCGUUCUACGGAGGCUUUCCCUUCUGGGGAGGCGUCUGGUUCAUCAUUUCAGGAUCCCUCUCAGUGUCAGCCGAAAAUCAGCCAAAAUCCUCUUACCUGCUGAAUGGCAGUUUGGGCUUGAACAUUGUCAGCGCAAUCUGUUCUGUGGUUGGAAUCACACUCUUCAUCAUGGAUAUGAGUCUCCCUCCCAUCUAUGCCCGCCCUGACUCUUAUCCCUACUAUGAUACCUGGGGUGUGACCCCCGGAGUGGCGAUUUCGGGCGUGCUGCUCAUUUUCUGUCUCCUCGAGUUCGGCAUUGCCUGUGCAUCUUCCCACCUGGGCUGCCAACUGGUCUGCUGUCAGCACAACGUGGGCGUGGUCCUCCCGAAUGUCUAUAUGGCAAACCCAGUGGUCGUCCCAGAACCGGUGAACUUGCCACUGACUUAUUCCAACGAGGCCCAGGGCUCCAGAUAA